GCUGCUGGGGCACUGACGCGGUUUCGAUUCCAGCGAAAAAUGCUUUGGCUCGGACUGUCUCGUGACAGGCCGUGCGAGGAGGCCAGGCCCGCGCUCGCCGAGCCCUAGGGCCGCUGCUGCCGACAGCCAUGGAGGACGAGCAGCCUGACAGCCUGGAGGGCUGGGUGCCGGUCCGGGAGGGCCUCUUCGCCGAGCCCGAGAGGCACCGGCUGCGCUUCCUGGUGGCUUGGAACGGCGCGGAGGGCAAGUUCGCUGUGACUUGUCACGACCGCACCGCGCAGCAGCGGCGGCGGCGCGAGGGGGCCAGGUUGGGGCCCGAGCCCGAGCCCGAGCCCGAGCCCGAGGCCGCCGUGUCCCCGCCCAGCUGGGCCGGCCUGCUCUCGGCCGCGGGGCUCCGCGGCGCGCACCGGCAGUUGGCGGCGCUGUGGCCGCCUCUGGAGCGCUGCUUCCCGCGGCUGCCGCCGGAGCUGGACGUGGGCGGCGGCGGGGCCUGGGGUCUGGGGCUCGGGCUGUGGGCGCUGCUGUGGCCGACUCGCGCGGGUCCCGGCGAGGCGGCGUUGCAGGAGCUGUGCAGGCAGCUGGAACGCUAUCUGGGCGCGGCGGCGGACGGCUGCGGCGGCGCCACAGUGCGCGACGCACUCUUCCCGGCUGAGGGCGGCGCGGCCGAUUGCGAAAGCCCGCGCGAGUUCCGGGAGCGGGCCCUGCGCGCGCGGUGGGUCGAGGCGGACGCGCGGCUGCGCCAGGUUAUUCAAGGACAUGGAAAAGCCAACACCAUGGUAGCAUUAAUGAACGUUUACCAAGAGGAAGAUGAAGCGUAUCAGGAAUUGGUUACCGUGGCAACCAUGUUCUUCCAGUACUUAUUGCAGCCAUUUAGGGCUAUGCGAGAAGUUGCAACUUUAUGUAAGCUUGAUAUUUUGAAGUCUUUGGAGGAGGAUGACCUAGGUCCUCGAAGGGUAGUUGCCCUGGAGAAAGAAGCUGAAGAAUGGACCAGACAGGCUGAAGAAGCUGUCGUCUCUAUUCAAGAUACCACAGUGAAUUAUUUUAAGGAGACAGUAAAAGCAUUAGCAGGAAUGCAGAAAGAAAUGGAACAGGAUGCAAAGAGAUUUGGUCAGGCUGCCUGGGCCACAGCAAUUCCCAGGUUGGAAAAACUUAAGCUAAUGCUAGCUCGAGAGACUCUGCAACUCAUGAGAGCAAAAGAGUUGUGUUUAAAUCACAAAAGAGCUGAAAUUCAGGGAAAGAUGGAAGAUCUUCCAGAACAAGAAAAAAAUACAAAUGUUGUAGAUGAAUUAGAAAUACAAUUUUAUGAAAUUCAAUUAGAACUAUAUGAAGUUAAAUUUGAGAUAUUAAAAAACGAAGAAAUACUGCUUACUACACAGUUGGACUCUCUUAAAAGACUUAUAAAAGAAAAACAGGAUGAAGUUGUCUAUUACGAUCCAUGUGAAAAUCCAGAGGAACUUAAAGUCAUUGACUGUGUUGUGGGGCUGCAGGAUGAUAAGAAUUUGGAAGUGAAAGAACUCAGAAGGCAGUGCCAGCAGCUGGAGUCUAAACGGGGCAGGAUCUGUGCCAAAAGAGCCUCUCUCCGGAGUAGAAAGGAUCAGUGCAAAGAAAAUCAUCGGCUCAGAUUGCAACAGGCUGAAGAAAGCAUAAGAUACUCUCGUCAGCAUCACAGUAUUCAGAUGAAAAGAGACAAGAUAAAAGAAGAGGAGCAAAAGAGAAAAGAAUGGAUCAACCAAGAACGUCAAAAAACACUCCAACGAUUGAGAUCAUUUAAAGAUAAACACCUAACUCAAUCUGUCCGAAACACCUCUGGCUCAGAACCUGUGGCUCCAAACCUGCCAGGUGACCUUUCCCAGCAGACGUGCUUGCCAGCUUCCCAUGCGGUGUCAGUAAUUCACCCGUCCUCUAGGAAAACUAGAGGUGUUCCCCUAUUGGAAGCUGAUGACGCGAAAAGCCCCAAGUGUCAAAACUGUCAUGGAAAUAUCCCUGUCCAGGUUUUUGUUCCAGUUGGUGAUCAAACACAUUCCAAAUCCAGUGAGGAACUGUCACUGCCACCACCUCCUCCUCCUCCACCACCACCGCCACUGCCACCGCCGCCCCCACCCCCUCCUCUCCCUGCUCUGUCCUCAUCCUCUCAAGAUGCAACUCAUCAGAACUUAGGCUUCCGGGCUCCAGUGAAAGAUGACCAGCCACGUCCUCUAGUGUGCGAAUCACCUGCUGAGCGACCACGUGACUCCUUGGAAAGUUUUUCAUGUCCAGGAUCUAUGGAUGAAGUGUUGGCCUCCUUAAGGCAUGGCAGAGCUUCUCUCCGGAAGGUAGAAGUGCCGGCGGUGCGCCCUCCCCACGCCUCAAUCAAUGAGCACAUUCUGGCUGCCAUAAGGCAAGGGGUCAAACUGAAGAAAGUUCACCCUGAUCUUGGCCCAAACCCCAGCAGCAAACCAACCAGCAACAGACGCACCAGUGACCUUGAGAGGAGCAUCAAGGCCGCGCUCCAGAGAAUCAAGAGGGUGUCUGCUGACUCUGAGGACAGUGACGAGCAGGACCCUGGCCAGUGGGACGGUUAGGCUCAAGUUUGACAAAGGCACCCGCCACAGUAGGCUUGAAUAAAGUGGAGUCUUGCUCUGUCACCAGGCUGGACUGCGAUGGCAUGAUCUCGGCUCACUGCAACCUCUGCCUCCUGGGUUCAAGUGAUUCUCCUGCCUCAGCCUCUUGACUACUGGGACUACAGGCGUGCGCCACCACACCCAGCUAAUUUUUAUAUUUUUAGUAGAGAUGGGGUUUCACCAUGUUGGCAGGAUGGUCUCGAUCUCUUGACCUUGUGAUCCGCCCACCUUGGCCUCCCAAAUGCUGGGGUUACAGGCGUGAGCCACCACACCCGGCCUUCCAGUGUCGUCUUAACUAACUCUGGCACACAGCAGCCUGAGGGGCCUCAGUUGGCACAGCUCGGAGGGGCAUGAGUCCCUUUCAGCAGCUGCAGCCUGGGCCUCCCUCUGUGGCAUGGCCACUGGCAGAUUUCCCGGCCACUGCCAGGUUGCCCACGGGUCUGUCAUGUGUGCUACCUUUUCAGAAUGCAAAUCCAACUCCUGUGUACGAAUGAAUGUGCCUCACUGUGCUGGCCUGGGCCUGAUGGGCCAAGCCCUGACUCUGCACUGGCCCCUGUACCUGCCGCUCCCACCCAGAUUCCCAGGGGUGUUCCAGUGGGGGACGCAACCUGCGGGCUACUCGCUGGGCAUCAGGUCCAGAUCCCAGAGACAGGUCCAGUGGCUGUGGCCCAGGCCUCCUUCCCCACCACAGACAGGCCAGGCUCAGCAUCAAACUUCCUAGGGAAAGAAUUUGGAAUUGAAAAAGUAGCAAAAUCAGAACUUUGUGGGACUUUUCUUAUGCAUAUUUUGCAGUUUGGCAUUGUUUGUAAUUACGUAUUUAUAAUUUCAGUAUUUUGAGAUACCAGUGAGCUUAAUCAGGCUGAAAUAAUUCUCAGAAUUUGCUUUCUAAGGGCUGCCAAACACAAGAGGCCUUUGAAAAAAGGAUCCUUUUCAAAAUAAUGUUCUCACAAUAAAAGUUCCUGGCCCACUUGUGUCUUCUGUGCAUCAACACUUCCCUUCCUCCUCUGGAACCUUCUCUCCUUCCUUUCUCCCUUUUCCUGCUUUUUCCAGCCAAGCCUUGAAGUCAAUCCAGACUUUGGCUUCAGGGAAUUCAGAGCCAAGGAAGUGGGGACAAGUGACUCCUAUUGCCCAGCUUCAGAGCUCUCCAAUUGGCCUCCAAAGCACUGCCAGUCUUCACCUCUGCCUGACUUUCCAGCCCACACAGUAAGGGCAGCCCCUCAGCCUGGCAGAUAAAACCCUCAGAGACUUGGCUGCCUCCCCUGGGCAGCCCCUGCCCCUGCCACAGGUUUUAGUCCAGCAAUACCAUGCUGCUUCCUGCCUGCCCCCAAAGGGCCUGCUCUCUUAAGCAUAAGUGCCUGGAAUUCUCCCUGCACCCUUCAUGUCCUGGCAAACCCAUGCCCAUCCUUAGGUCUCAGCCCCACAGCUUUUUCCGCCAGGUCUUCUCUGACCUCUCCUAUACAGCCAUGUACCUUGUCUUGGGAGUCUGGCCUUCUGGCCAAAGGAGGACUGGCAUCUGCUCCUAGCACAGCCAAUCCUAUGGAUUGUCCUGGAGUGAAAAGCAAUGAGCUAGGCCAGUCAGACCUGUGUAUUCAUCUGUUCGUCCAUUCUCUCUCUUCAGAAUUUGAACUAGGGAAUCAAGCAGGUGGUAACAGCAGCCAGAAUGAGGAGGUUAUUGGUUAAAGGCCACAUGGCAUGUGAAACCCACAUAGUUGAGUGGAUUUAUGGGGCAGAGGCUCUCAGACCAUAGGGUGUGUAAAAGCACAUGAGAGUGCAUUGGUUUUCUAUUGCCAUAACAAAUCACCACAAAAGUAGCUGCUUAAAAGACAAAUUUCUUAUCUUACAGUUCUGUAGGUCAGAAGUCCGACAUAGGUCUCACUGGGCUAAAAUCAAGGUGUUGACAGGGCUGUGUUCUCUUCUAAAGGCUCCGGGGAGAAGCCGUUUCCUUGCCCUUUCUGGUUUCUAGAGGUUGCUCAGGAGUAGCCUGCAAGGACAUUAGCCUACGUAGGGAGAUCAAGAACUUCCAAAAUAUCUUGUUAAGAUACAAAGGACUUCUGAAAGAUUUCUGUUGACUUAAAAACAGACACAAAUAUUUUACUGAACUAUGUAUUUCUACAGAAACGAUUACAACAAAAUCAGGUAAAAUUCACAAAGGUAUACAAGUCUUUAAAGGAAAAUAUUUUUUCCCUUAAAUAUAAAAAGAACAUUUGCCAAAUAACAUCAAAAAGAAACAAAGCAAAAACUGUUAGAAACAAAAGAAACAGACAGAAAUACAAUAAUAGAAGACUAACAUAUCUUUCUUAGUCUUAAUGAAUCAAGCAAAUUAAAAUUAAAGGUCCAUAAUAUUAUACUUUAUAAGGUCAAAUGAAUAUAUCUGAUUGAAUUUUGUUCCCUUCAGAGAAUAUACUUUUUUCUUCAGUUUCCUGGGGAUAUGUAUUAAAACUAAAAAUGUAUUACGUCUCAAGAAAACAUCCAUGAUCUCCAAGAUGCACAAAUUGUACAGGCCAUACUCUCUUUGACAAGGCAAUAAAACUAGAAGUUUGUAAGAAAUGCUAAAAACAACAACAAAAUAAACUACCUGGAAAUUUAAAAGUAUAACUUCAAAAAACUCCAGUAAAAAAAUAAAGUCAAAUCUGAAAUUAUAAAUUAUUUAUAACUUAGAACACUAAAUAUAAAUUUAAGGGAUAUGGAUAAAGAUGUAUUCAGAGGAAAAGUCGUACCUUACAAUGUUAGUAACUGUGUCUUUUAUUAAGGAAGAAAAAGUUAACAUGGCAUGUAACUUAAGAAGGUGGGAAAAUAAUAAAGGAAAAAAAUUAAGAACAAAACCAAAAGAGUCAUGAAAUAGUCAAACAGUAAAUUCAGAUAUAAAUCUCAGAGUUGGUUAUUUGAAAAGAUCAAUGAAACAGACUAAUUCUGGAAAAACUAAUGAGAACAAAAAGGGAAAGCACACACAACAUGGGAAUGAGGAAGCAGAAUACUACAACUCCAGGCCAACAAAUCUGAAAAUUGGAACAGAAUCACUAUUUAGGAAAAUUUACUUAAUUAAAAAAAUUUUUUUUGAGAAAGGGUCUUGCUCUGUGUCCCAGGCAUGCUCACGGCUCACUGCAGCUUCGGUCUCCAGGGCUCAAGUGAUCCUACUGCUUCAGCCUCCUGAGUAGCUGGGACUACAGGUGCACACCACCAUGCCUGGCUAAUUUUUAGUAGGGACUAUGUUGCCCAGGCUGAUUGUGAACUCCUGGGCUCAAGCGAUCUUCCUGCCUCGGCCUCCUGAAGUUGCUGGGAUUAUAGGCAUGAGCCACUGUGCUUAGCCGGGAAAAUUUAAAUUGCCAAAAACUUACAGAAUAGAAAUAAAGUUUGAAGAAAAUAAUGAGCGUAAAAAAAAAUAGAAAAAAAAACCCAUAUUUCCUAAAAAGGCACUAGAUUUGGACAGUUUCAUACAUGUUAUAAAAACUUCAAAGAGCAAAAAAUUCUAAAUAUUUAAAUGUUUCCAGGGCAUAGAAAAACAGAGCUUCCCAAGUUCUUUUUAAUUUUUUUAAGAAGUUAACAAACACCAAUAACUGACAAAGCAGAAAAAAAAUUACACAACUAUUCAUCUUAUUUAAGUAUGAAAAAUUCCAUAAUAAAAUGAGAAAACCAAAUCCAGAAGAAUUUCACAAUUUAAAGCUCUUAUUUUUAUUAUACAAGUAAUAUACGAUCUUUGUAGAAAAAUCAGAAAGUACAGAUAAGAAACACAAAAUAAAAAUCUACUAUGGACCAACCAAUCAUAAAUAACCACUGUUAACAUUGAAAGAUGUAUAUUAAAAGAAUAAUAUACUAUGACUAUAUCAGAUUUUUGUAGAAAUGCAGAUGUCUUAACAUUAGCAAAUCUAUUAAAAUGAUUCAUCUAAAGUCAUAAUAGAGAAAAGCCAGUUGAUCAUCUUGACAGAUGUGGAAAAAAGCCAUUUAAUAAAACCCCAACAUCCAUUACUAAUAAUAUUUUCAUCAAACUAGAAAUAGAGGGCAUAACCUUAAUGUAUAAUUCAAAUAUUAAGAUUAUUUUACACUAAGAGUCAAAUUU